AGAGAGAAGAGGGGAGCACUUCUGCGCUUGCGCAAUAAAAUUCCCUCCGUCGCGACGGCGGAGAAGCGCCCUAUCUCCGUCUGCGCAGCCGCCUUGCCACCGCUGAGGCGAGAAACCGCGGCUUAAACCGCGGCUUAUACCGCGGCGGCAGGAGUCGGAAGAGCCGACGGGGGUAGGGAGGGUUCCGUCGCCUCCGAGCGGCGCCCGCCGCCCUCCGCGUAACCCGCUCGGGACGGAGAGGCCCGAACAGAGCCAGGCCGCGCGUGCGUAGCAGAGCCCCCGCGCAUGCGCCCUAGCGCCGGGCCUGCUGCGAGGCGUUUCCAGGCCGGGCCGGGCCCCGGCGGCGCCCUGGUGGUGAGAAACGUCGCGGGAGGAGGAGGAGGAUCGGGCGGCACCAUGAGCGUCGGCGGCUCGGAUCGCAACGAGGAUUUCCACCAGCAGCUGCGGCUGCAGGAGCUCUACGAGCGCAAGGAGGGCGAGGGCGGCGACGAGCCCUUCACCUACACGGACCCCGCCGACGGCACCCAGUACGAGUGGGACCGCGACAAGAAGGCCUGGUUCCCCAAGGUCACUGAAGAUUUCUUGGCAACGUACCAUGCUAACUACGGAUUUCCUACUGAAGGCUCCGAUACCUCGGCCUCCGCUGGGAAGACUGAAUCUAAAGCUGUGCCGGAUUCCAAGGCCGCCAAGUCGAAGCCGUCAGUCGAAGCCAAACCAUCGCAGCCGCUGCCCUCAGACCUUAAACAGAAAGGAGAAAAAAGAAAAGCCGAAGCAGGAUGGUUUCAUGUUGAAGAGCAGAAAAAUACAAAUGUUUAUGUGACAGGUUUACCGCCAGACAUUACAAAAGAUGAGUUUGUGGACGUCAUGUCGAAAUGCGGUAUCAUUAUGCGCGAUCUUCAAACGGAGGAACCCAAAAUCAAACUUUACAAAGACAAAGAAGGAAACCUUAAAGGCGAUGGGCUCUGUUGUUACUUGAAGAGAGAAUCUGUUGAACUUGCGCUGAAAUUGCUGGAUGAGAAAGAAAUCCGAGGCUACAAACUACAUGUGGAAGUUGCCCAGUUCCAGCUUAAGGGGGAAUAUGAUGCCAGCAAGAAGAAAAAGAAAUGCAAAGAUUACAAAAAGAAGCUCUCCCAGCAACAAAAACUGCUGGAUUGGCGGCCGGAGAAGAAAGAGGGGAAUGUGAGAUUGCGACACGAGAGGGUUAUCAUCAUCAGAAACAUGUUCCAUCCCAAAGAUUUUGAGGAGGAUCCCUUAGUGCUAAAUGAGAUCCGGGAAGAUCUACGGACAGAAUGUGAAAAAUUUGGUCAAGUUAAGAAAGUUAUUAUAUUUGAUAGGCAUCCGGAUGGGGUAGCAUCCGUAUCCUUCAAGGAAUCUGAAGAGGCUGAUGUUUGCAAACAGGCACUGAAUGGACGAUGGUUUGGUGGACGGCAGCUCUCUGUGGAGACGUGGGACGGUACAACUGAUUAUCAGGUUGAAGAAACCUCCCGGGAAAGAGAAGAGAGACUGAAAGGGUGGCAAGAAUUUUUAGGGGAUCCCAACCAAGAACUACCUAAAAAGCCACCGGAUGCCAAUUCUUCCGAAAGUGGCCCUCAAGCGGCUAAGAGAGACCCCGUAUCUCAAGAUAACGGGGCCCCCGAAACCGCCGAAGGAGGAGGAGAUCGCUACAAAGGAGCCGCCGAAGAUGUCGCGGCGUCCACAGACAGCAGCGUGGCGGGCAGCGACGACGAUGAAGAAGCAGAGACUUAACGCCCCUCACUCGCUGCUGGUCCUAGAGCAUGAUUGCAGGCUCCCCUCGAGACCUCCCUUCCCCUCCCCCGAUGCAAAGUUGCAAACUCCACUCCAAUCAGUGAAUAUAAAUAAAUAUAAAUAUAUAUAUGUA